AUGUUUAACAGCGUUUAUACCAUUUAAAUAGGUUUAAAUAAAUUGAACAUUGGUCUUUCUUUAAUUCCGAUAUUUUUUUUUCAAAACCAAGUUGUGUUUAUUUAAAACUUGCUGGACGUACAUGUUAUUCUAUAAGGGUGUUUAUAAGUAAUUGAAUUUUUAAACUAUAUUAACAAAUGCGACAACUGAUAUUUUGAUCAGCAGGAAAGUGACGGAUAUAUUUUACAUGACAUUUUUGAAGCUGGAUUUUCAAGGUUUUUUUUAAGAAUGAAAAUGAUGUUUCGAAUUAAAAGUUUAGUGCUGUUGUUGUCUCUAUUUUCGUUUGUUCGUGUAUUAAUUUACAUGAUAAAUAAUUCAGAAAGCUACGUCCUUACAUCUAAACCAAUCAGUAUUACUACAUCAAUUGAUAUAUACAAAACGAAAUUUUUAUAUAUAAACGACAGUGUCAUGUAUAGUAACAAACGAUGUUUUCAUCUCAAAUGGAAAUAUACUAGCAACAGAUGGCCACUGUCCGACCUAAGAACAUCUCGAUGUCAGCGUUUUAUUACAAUUGCUAAAAGUGAAGGAAGAACGGGCAACGACUUAUUUCAAAUUGCUACAAUUUUGGGAUUGGCAUAUAGACAUGAUUUAAUACCAGUUAUUCCUUCAUCAUACCACGUUAACACGUAUUUUGACUUACCUAAUAUUGUGGAUUUCAAUAAGAGAAAUCUAUCAAAUAAUGUAAUCUUACUUGGAAAGAAAGUAGCGAUAUAUAAAGACUUAAGCAAAGGACUUAAGUCAGAAUCUUACAACUUUACUAUUGCAGGUUGUUUUCAAUCUUGGAGAUAUUUUGAUACCGAAAGAGAUAUUGUUAAAAACGCAUUACGCUUAAAAUAUGUACAUUUUAACAGAGCUAAACAAUAUAUGAACCUUGUGAACCCUAAAGGCUUUAAACAGGCUACAAUUCAUAUCCGUCGUGGAGAUUUUAGCACCCCUGGUAAUUUAAAAAAAGGAUUUGCCGUAGUAGAUGCAACAUUUGUUGAAAAAGCAAAACACAUAUUACAACAAAACACAUCUGACAUAAAAUUUUUUGUGGUUACAAAUGACAAAAAAUGGUGUGAGGAGAACUUGAAUAAUGUCCAUAUAAGUCCAUUCGACAAUCCUGGAGACGAUCUGGCAAUUAUGGCAUUGAGUGAUCACGUGAUAGUUUCAGCAGGAACCUUUGGAUGGUGGGGAGCUUGGCUAGCAGGGGGCAAAGCUGUUUAUUAUAAAGAGUUUCCACGAUCAAAAAGUAAUCUAGCAAAGCUUUUUAAUAUAUAUGACUAUUACCUACCAGAUUGGAUAGGUAUAACAUGAAAAUAAAUCUAAUCAUGUUUUAUUUGUUUGUUGUAAAAAUGUUCAAAUGUUGUCAGGUAGACACAUUGAUUGGACGGUUCAUGAUAAGUUUUUGUAAAAUUACACGACAAAAACAAAAAGUAACUUUUUAAUGUCUCGUUUUGUAAACUAAAUAGCAAUAUUAUACAAAUGAAAAUAUAUAUUUACAUUUCCGAUAUAAAGCUGUAUGAAUGCUUAUUUGUUUAAAAAUAUAAAAUUUAAGUAACCAUAAUAGAUAAAUA